AUGUCUACUGCCCCAACAUUUGUUCGUGUGGGGGAACUCGCCUGCCAACGGAACCCCUUUCUUCGCGGGCUUCGCGCCCGUGUCGUAUUGUGUGAACCCGUUUCUAUAAAUAAACCUGCCGGUGGCAGCGGCAAAGGCGGUCAUAAUUCAACCAACACGAAUCCGAGUUAUAACGUUGUUCUCACAGACUCUGUCCUCUUCCCGGAGGGAGGUGGUCAACCCUGCGAUCACGGUACGAUCGUGUAUGGGAAUGAGGAGGUUCCCGUUCGAAAUGUGCAGCGUCGCGGUGACACGUGUGUGAUCUCGACACCGUGCCCACUGGAGGUGGGAGAGGAGGUGGAGGUACGCGUGGACUGGCCACGACGUUUCGAUCACAUGCAGCAUCACUCCGCGCAGCACCUGCUCUCUGCUGUUGUGGAAAAGGCGCCCCAGUGUCGUUUGCCCACCGUCUCAUGGUCCCUCACUCAUCCGUAUAGUUUUAUUGUUCUCCCGACAGGAAAUAAAAUUGACUCGGAUGUGGUGGCCCACCUUGAAAAGGUUUGCAACGACGCCAUCGCACGCGCCGUCCCUGUGCGUUGUGACAUGUAUCCGAGCAAGGAAGCAUAUGAGCAGGCGCUAAGGGAGAAGGUGGAAAAGGAAGAUUCUGGGGAAAUUUUUCGGCAGUCGCGCAGCAUUCCAUCCGAUGUCACUGGACCCAUCCGCAUCAUCACGGUGGAGGAUGGCAUUGACCAGUGCACAUGUUGUGGCACACAUGUCAGCAACUUGACGCAACUUCAGAUGAUAAAAUUGCUUCACCAGGAGACCAAAGGUGACACGCUAAAACUUUUUUUUGUCACGGGUGAUCGAUUGUGUCGAUACUACGGUGACAUGUACUUUCGUGAGAAGGAGCUAAUGAAGGAGUUAGGUGGGGUGCGACCCGAAGAGUUUGUAGCUGCAGCAGUGAAAAGGGGGAAAGAAUAUGCCGACAUGGAGAAGCGACUCAAAAACUUGACGCUGGAGCUUAUGAAAGCGGAAAGUGAAAAACUUAUUGCUGAAGCGAAGGCAUCCUUGGCGGAAGGUGCUGGUGGUGGCAUUGUUGUGUACCGUCGUGAUGAUGUUGGGGGAGAUUUCUUUAAUGCUCUACGUGAUGCAAUACGUCAGGCGUGUCCGGAGUGUUUGGCUGUAUUGGCUUGGGGCAGUCCUGUAGCGACGACUACGGCAGGUGGUGCUUUGGGGCGAGCGAAGACUGGCCAGUUCAUGGUCAUUGGCCCAACCGAUCGAGUGGAGUCGUUGGCCCCGUCUGUCUGCAUGGCGCUAGAAGGGAAGGGCGGGAUGUCAAAAUACGGCUAUCGUGGCAAAGGCAACCUUGCUGGUUGGGACAAACUUGUUCAAAAACUACUUUUGUCAUGA